AUGAUGCAUCUCAAGUCCCUCACUCUCCUGCUCGGAGCCUUACUCUCCGGAGCUCUUGCUGCGCCCGCAUCGCCGCGCGGAGUGAGCCCCCAGGUUGUGCCCAACAAGUACAUCGUUACCCUGAGGAACAAUCUUGUUCAGCCCCAGGUCGACAGCCACCUGUCUUGGGUUGAAAACGUCCACCGUCGGAGCCUAUCCCGCCGUGAUAGCGAGGCUUCGGGAGGUGUGGACAAGGUGUGGAGCGCCAGCUUCAAGGGAUACUCGGGCGAGUUUGAUGCCGCUACCAUCCAGGAGAUCCAGGCCAGCGAAGAGGUCCUCUCCGUCGAGCCCGUAGCCGUAUGGGAGCUCUACUCUCUCACGCGCCAGUUCAACGCCCCCUGGGGACUUGGCAGCAUUUCUCACCAGACCGCCAACCAUAGCACCUACGUGUACGAUACCUCGGCCGGCGAGGGCACCUGGGCCUAUGUCAUCGACACCGGUCUUAACACCGCGCACGAGACCUUUGAGGGCCGUGGACACCUCGGGUAUAACGCCUAUCCCAACGUUCCCUUCGAGGACCGUCACGGCCACGGAACUCACUGCGCCGGCACCAUCGCGGGCAAAGACUACGGUGUAGCCAAGAAGGCCAGCGUCAUCUCCGUCAAGGUCUUUGACACCGGAUCGUCCGAGGCUUUCAACGCUGCCGUCGAGGCUGCUUACCAGCAAGGUGUCCUGACUGUCGUCGCUGCCGGCAAUUCCUACGACGACGCCGUCUACUAUUCACCUGCCUCUGCCCCCAAUGCCGUCACAGUCGGUGCCGUCGAUGUUGGCAACGUUAAGCCCGGCUUCAGCAAUUACGGUACGCUUGUCGACGUCUUCGCCCCAGGUGUCAAUGUUCUUAGCUCGUGGAUCGGCUCGACCACCGCUACCAACACCAUCUCGGGUACUUCAAUGGCCUGCCCCCAUGUCGCCGGCCUCUCCCUUUACCUCAAGGCUUACGAGGGUUUGACCGCCCCUGGUGACGUUGCCGCCAGGAUCGAGGAGGGCGUCGAGCCUGUGAAGCUGCUGCUUGGUUCCUUCCAGUUCUCGGUCAACAACUUUGUAAUGCCCUCUUCAUUUGGAGGCCUGAGUUGGGACUCGGAGACGCCAACCCUCCACCUUCCCUCCUAG